GUAUAUACUAAGAGCCUGUCCAGACGGAGCGUUUUGCGCGCGUAAGCUUACGCGCGUAGACACUCGCGCGUUCCCGAGGCACUAGAGCUACAAGCACUCCGUCCAGAUGCUCUCGCGCGUUUCAAAACUCGCGCGUAAAACGCGUGUCAUGCGCCCGACUCUCGACUCGCUCGUUUUACGCGCGAGCGCCGCGCGAGUCGAGAUACUCUGGCGGCAUUGGAGCGUUCAGUAGUAUGCGCGUGUCCAUAGAGAGUGGACGUAUUUAGAUUUGAAAUGGAGCGCGAUAACUUCGACACCGAACUUUUAAUUGAAGAAGUUGAAAAGAGAAUAGCCAUAUGGGAUAUGGAAUCUGCUGAUUACGCAAAUAGACUCAUUAAACGUAGGAAUUGGGAAGAAAUAGUCGAAAUUUUUUGCGAAGCUGGUGAUUCCGACGAAAAGAAAAAAACGUUGGGAAUGUUAUUGCAAAAGAAGUGGAAAGGAUUGCGUGAUGGCUUUGUCAGAGAAAUGAAAAGGAUAAAAACCACACCGUCUGGAUCAAAAGCCAGCAAAAAUAAAUAUAUAUAUUUUGAACGUUUGAUGUUCCUCGAACGAUCGACACGCAAUAAAACUACUGAUAGCAACAUCGUUUCCUCGCCUGCUGCACCUGAAGAACAAGACAUUUCUGGCGACGGGGAAGAUGUUAUGAGACCUCCAGUUAGCCAGCCGAAAAAGAAAAAAAAAAUGAACGCAGCCGAUGAGGAAUUUCUUGCCAUUAUAAGCAAAAAUUUAGCACCUAGAAAUCAGCCACAAACAUCGGAGUCUGAUGAUGAUAAACUAUUUUGUUUGUCACUGCAUAAGGAGCUUAUUAAAGUACCUGAAGAAAUGAGGCUUCAAGCUAAAAUUGAUUUAAUGAAUGUGCUCCAAAAAGCUCAACGAGCCCCAUGUCAUUCACCUUCACAUUAUAUUCCUUCACCUGCACCUUCACCACAAUAUAAUCACCAAGCAGGAAUGACACACCGCGGACAAAGAGGAUUUUUUAACGAUACAGGAUAUAACGAAACAGACCCUUCAGCAUCUUCGUUUUCACGUUAUUGCACUGGACAACGCAAUUCCCAAUCUAACCCAUCACCGGCGUCUAACUACAAUAACCCAUCACCGGCGUCUAACUACAAUAACCCAUCACCGGCGUCUACUCAAGAUUCCCAAGAGAGUGAAUUGAUGGAGCUAUACCGAGAUUGUUAAAUUGAUUAAGGGAAAAAAGUAUAAAAAUAAUAAAUAUUAUUACCUCAAA